AUGACAAAAGCCACAGAAGAACCCAAAAACUCCAAGCGCAACCUCCUUGACGAUAGCGACUCCGAAUCCGAAGAUGGAGGGGCCACUAUUGCUGCGUCAGACUUCAAGGUGAACGAAGACUUUGCGCGUCGUUUCGAGCACAACAAGAAAAGAGAGGAACGACAAAGAUUGGAGGAGAAGUUCAAGAAGACUGGAAAGCAGCCCGAAAGCGACGAUGGCGAGUCGUCCUCAUCCGACGAAGAGGAAGAUGAGGAUGGUUUCCUCGCUACAGAGGAUCUCGACGCCCAAAUCUCUGCUACUCUCCAAGCCAUCCGAAACAAGGACCCCAAAGUCUAUGACAAGGAGGUCACAUUUUAUCAGCCUGAUGAUCCCUCUGCGACAACUGCCAAUAAGGAAAAGAAGGAAAAGCCAGUAUACUUGAAGGACUACCACCGAGAAAAGUACAUGCGGGGUGAUAUUGGCGCCGAAGAUCAAGAUGAUGAUGGUGAUGUUCCCAUGUCCUACAACCAAGAACAAGACGCUCUCAAGAAGUCCAUCGUGGCUGAGAUGCACGCCGCCGCUGAAGACGAUUCUGACGAGGAGGAUGGUGGCUUCAUGAAGAAAAAGGCAUCAGCAAAGGUGGACUCAAACGGAGUUCAUCCCUCUAGAAAAGCAGCCCUGACUAUCACUGAAGUUGACGUUGCCAACGCCGACAAGAACCCUGAGACUUAUUUGUCAAAUUUCAUGAGCGCGCGCGCCUGGGUUCCUCCGGAUGGUUCUAACUGGAAAGUAUUUGAGUCAGACGACGAAGAUGAAGACGACCGCGCCGAUGAGUUCGAACAGGCAUACAACUUGCGAUUCGAGGAUCCAGAACGAAGCAAUGAAUUCCUUCGAUCUUAUGCUCGAGAUGUUGCCGCUGCCAAGUCGGUCAGGCGAGAGGAGAAGACCGGGCGCAAGCGUCAGCGUGAGCUUGAACGUGAGCGCAAGGAAGCGGAGAAGAAGGAGAGACGAGAGGAGAAGGCCCGCCUCAAGAAGCUCAAACUCGAUGAAGCUCAGGAGAAGCUGCGCAAGAUCAAGCGAACAGCUGGCAACGCAGGCAAGAAUCUUACUGAUGAGGAGUGGAUUCAGUUCCUUGACGAGGCAUGGGAGGACGAUAAGUGGGAGGAUGAGAUGAAGAAGCGAUUCGGUGACGAUUACUAUGCUCAGCAAGAUGAUGCUAUGGCAUCGGAUCAAGAGGAGGAGAGCAGAAAGAAGUCAAAGGUAAAGAAGCCCAAGUGGGAUGACGAUAUCGACAUCAAGGACAUUAUCCCAGACUUUGAGGAUGAAGAAGAAGAAAAGCCAAAGGUUUCCCUCAGCGACCUUGAGGAGGAUGCUGCCGCCGAAGAGGAUGAUGAAGAAGAAGAAGACGAAGACGAAGAUGGCCGAGCCUCCAAGAAGCGCAAGACAGACCACAAGAAGGCCCGCAAGGAGUCUCAGAAGCAGGCUCGCCAGGAGCGUAGCAAGCUCGAGGCUCUCGUCGAGUCCAAACUCGAACUCUCCAACCAUGCUCUUCUCAAGAAGCCCACACACGCUCCUUUCCGCUACCGCGAAACUUCACCCCAGUCAUUUGGUAUGACCGCUCGGGAUAUCCUCCUCGCUCCCUCUGACGCCGCCCUCAACGAUUACGCUGGCCUCAAGAAGUUCGCCACCUUCCGCGACCAAGAGAAGAAGCGCAAAGACAAGAAGCGUCUUGGAAAGAAGGCUCGUCUACGACAAUGGCGCCGCGACAUCUUUGGCAGAGAGUUCGAGCGCGAGGGUCCCACUUAUGGAUUCGAGCGUUUGGUCUCUGCCAAUGAUGAUGGUAGCGGCACCAUCAUUCAGUCCAAGGGCGACAGACAGAAGAAGCAAAAGAAGGAUGGCGACCAAGAGGACAACGUGGUUGGUGAUGUGGGCGAGAGAAAGAAGAAGCGAAAGAGGUCCAAGGGCAAGAAGAAUGCUUCAGCCGCCGUGGCAGCGGAAGAGUAA